AUUUUUUGGCACAGUUUUUAUGCUCUUUUUUAUUUCUUUAUGGGUGUAAUAUGCAUAUCGUGUAUGCCUUUUAUGUCAUUGUGCGAUUCUGCAACUUCAAUGUUGUUAAAUAUCCAAGUGACUGCUGCUUAUUUGCCAUUGCAAAGAUGUUGAUGUUGCGAAAUAUCUUUGAGAUAAAGGCCAUCUGGGAUAGAUGCUGUUAUAGAAAUCAAUUAAUUAACGAAGUGCUGCUAAGACAAUUUCAUGUUGCUGCGUAGGCUGGAAGGAGCUCGUGUCUAGUUUUCUUGCAACUUAUCAACAACCUUGCAACAUGAUUCUUGCCUAUUGACCAAGCCAUAACCAAUUUGCUGCCAGCAGUGGCAUUAGUUUCCCUAUGCAAUCUUGCUCUAACAUGACACCCUUUUGUUGGUUAACUAGCACCAAAGAAGUGGCUAAAGAUAGCAUCAACUUGCAACAGAGACACAGAUAGGUCACUGGUGGGGCCAAGACAUGGGUUUCAAGAAAUGUUGCGAGAGUGCAUCCAGAAUCAGGGGAUUAAGGACAAUUUAACAGUAGAUGAGUAUGUUUGUUGCACACUGGACUCCUUUACCGACAUAUCUCCUAAGUCCUAACAACCCCUUAUAGAGUCCUUGACCGACAUAUCUCCAAACAACCCCCUAUAGAGUCCUUGACCAACAUAUCUCCUAACAACCCCUUAUCUAUCUAACUUAACUUGAACAAACUCAAUCUUAAACCAAACUAACUUGAUGACAACUAACUUGACGAGAAAGCUUUUGUGGCCAACAUUCCCUUCUCUCCAGAGGGUGCACGAUGCCUUCUGUGGCCAAUGUUCCCUCCUUUCUAGAGGGUGCACAAUGCCUGUGGUGAUGCUGGUAUGGGCGCUCCAACAUGACAGAAGUAUGGUUACUGUUACAUUUUUUAAGCUAAUGUUCAGAUAUAUAUUGCCAAACUUUAAUGAGCGCUGGUGGGAUGGCAUUAUAUUGGAUAUCUUGAUCUGCAAUUUAAGUUCAUCAGUAUGUAGAAUUAUGCAAUUUAAAAGCAAUCAACCUGUUUGUUGUUUGUGUGAUUUUUAUGCGGUUUCUUUGCAUCAGAUCCUAUCAACUAUAUCCAAGAGUUAGAAAGAAAAUCAAAAAUAAUACACGUUUGGCAUACUUCUGACAUCACAUUAUUUGUCUAGGAUAAUUAAUAUUAUGUCUCUUGAUGCCUAGAAAGUAAACUUUCCAUUGAAAAAUCAAGUCUCAACCUUGUUGAAUACUCAUGGCCCUAGUAACUCUGUUGCACGGAUACGUCAGUUUAGUAGCGUAUCGCGUAUCCGAUACGUAUCGGGUACGGAUACGCGAUGGAUACGUAUCCUCCGAGUAUCCGAAUUAUUAUUAUUUUCGCGAAUAUUGGAUACGUGGGCCGAUACAUAUCAGGCCUGAGGAUACGACCCAGCCCACUAAGAAGGGUCCUUAUCUCCCCGACGCCCAACCUGCCGCACGCCCCGACGCACCGACGCCCUAACCUCCUCGCGCCGCAUCUCCGCCUGGGGACGAGCCUCCGCCUCCGCUCGCCGGCCGCCAGCCACCGGCGACGAGCCUCCGCGUCGGCUCGCCGGCGACGAGCCUCCGUCCCUUCUCACCCGCCGGCCGCCAACGACGAGCUUCCGCCCCUGCUCGCCGCCCCUGCUCGCCUGGUAACGAGCCUCCGCCUUUGCUCGCGGGCCGCCGGCCACUAGCGACGAGCCUUCGCGUCGGCUCACCGGCGACGAGCCUCCAUCGCUUCUCACCCGCCGGCCGCCAACGACGAGCUUCCGCCCCUGCGAUAUGGAUCCAAGCUCCAGCGAACUCCCGUGAGCUAAUCCACUUCCCCGUUCUCGAUCUCCUCUUCUUCUUCAGUUCGUGGCCGCUUGUUGCUUGAUUUCUUUGCUCCCCACUUCGUCUUCCUGUCCCCAUUCUCGAUCUAUUAUAUUUCUGCAAUGCAGACACGCAGUUAGUGACUUCUUGUUGCUUGAUUGCUUGUAUGCAGUAGAUGGCAUCCCCAAAUAUGAGUAGUGCUAGUGCAGGUGCAAGUGCAAGUGCUAGUGCUAGCAUAGGAUAUGAAGCCACACACACAAUAGACAUCAAGGCUCCACUUUGGGAUCAUGUCACCAUUCUGGAGAAGGCUAAAACUGGUGGAGGAAAUACUUUAUGGCGCUGCAAGUACUGUACAAUGGAAAAACUGAGUAGUUACACUAGAGUUGAAGCUCAUUUGCUGCAGAAGGGAAGACUGGGAAUAAGUAAAUGUCCUAAUGUUACAUAUGAAAUGCUUAGUGACAUGAGGAAGGAAGUUGAAAGGUGCAAGGAUUUGGUGGAAAGAUCGAAGACAAGAACUGUUUCUUUGCCUACUGCUCCUUCCUCAAGCAAUACUGCUGACACCAACAAGAGGAACAAGAGGGGGCCUGUUUCUGCAUUGGAAAAAGCUUGGGCAUUAGAAGACCGUAAGCACUUGGAUGCUUUAAUUUGUAGAGCAAUUUAUUCUGGAGGAGUAUCUUUCAAUUUUCUGAGAAAUCCAUACCUUCGAGAAGCCUUUGCCUUUGCUUGCAGCCGCAACAUGCAAGGUUAUUUGAUUCCUGGUUACAACAGAGCUAGGGAGGGACUUCUGAAGCAAGAAAGGAGGCACCUAGAGACUUUGUUGGACAGCACAAAGAGCACAUGGGCUGAGAAGGGAGUCACAAUCUGCUCUGAUGGUUGGUCAGAUCCUCAGAGGCGACCAAUCAUCAAUUUUGUUGCUGUUUCUGACAAGGCACCUAUGUUCUUGAGGGCUGAUAAUUGUGAAGGUGAGUACAAAUCAAAAGAAUACAUUGCUGAAAAGUUGAAGGGUAUAAUUGAAGAAGUAGGUCGACAAAAUGUAGUGCAAAUCAUUACAGACAAUGCUGCAAAUUGCAAAGGUGCUGGUCUCAUAUUAGAAUUUGAGUAUGAUAACAUAUUUUGGACACCAUGUGUUGUGCAUACCCUCAAUCUUGCUUUGAAAAGUAUAUGUGAACCUAAAAUACGAGACAACCCUUCUGAUGAAGAAAUGGUUGUUUGGAGGGAACUUGAAUUUAUGCAUGAUGUUAAAACUGAGGCUGCUCUGAUAAAGAAUUUCAUAAUGAAUCAUGGCAUGCGGCUUUCAAUGUUCAAUCAGUUCAGCCGUUUGAAGUUACUUUCUAUUGUUGAAACAAGAUUUGCCUCUGUUGUAUGUAUGUUGAAGCGGUUUGUUGAUGUAAAAACAGCCCUCCAACAAAUGGUGAUUAGUGACAGAUGGAGUGUGUACAGAGAAGUCAGAGAUGAUUCUCCAACUCCAACAGCCCAAAUUGUCAAGGACUUGAUACUUAGUGAUGUAUGGUGGGACAAGGUGGACUUCAUUCUUAGGAUUACUACUCCUAUAUAUGAAAUGAUUCGUAUAACAGAUACCGACACUCCAUGUCUUCACUUAGUUUAUGAGAUGUGGGAUUCAAUGAUAGAGAAAGUGAAGAAAGUUAUAUAUCGAUAUGAGGGCAAGCAAGAAGAUGAAUCAUCAGACUUGUACUCAGUUAUUUAUGACAUAUUGAUUGCUAGGUGGACAAAAGGAAAUAAUCCACUUCAUUGUUUAGCUCAUUCACUUAAUCCAAGAUACUAUAGCAAAAAGUGGCUUGAAGAAGGUGUUGGCCGUGAACCACCCCACAAGGAUAAAGAGGUAUCAAAAAUGAGGAUGGUUUGCUUUAAGAAGUUCUUUCCCAUGCUAGAAGAGUUGGCUAAAGUAAAAGAAGAGUACUCAAGAUUCUCUAGUUGUUCAGAAGAAUUUAAUGAUCCUGACUCAAUCCAUGAUAGAUGGGCUGUUUCCCCUAUGACUUGGUGGACAAAUCAUGGACAAUCUGCUCCCUUAUUGAUGAGUUUGGCCAUGAAAUUGCUUAGCCAACCAGCCUCAUCUUCUUGCUGUGAAAGAAACUGGAGCACCUAUAGUUUUGUCCAUAGUGUCAAGAGAAAUGCCUUAACUCCAGAGCGUGCAGAAGAUUUGGUCUUUGUGCACUCAAAUCUGAGGCAUCUGUCAAGAAGAACUGAAGCAUACAAGUCAGGAGAGACAAGGAUGUGGGAUGUAGGAGGGGAUUCUUUUGAUUCACUUGGUGGUAUUGGCAUUCUUGAAGUGGCUGACCUGUCCCUUGAUGAACCUGAAUUGCAAGCUGUGACUUUUGGUUUGGAUGCUCAGGAGGUUGAUGUUGUGGAAGACAAUGAGACAAAUGAGUAAUAGGAACUUGCUGCUGCAUGAAUUGCAAACCUGAAUAGGCUGAAUGCCUUUUAUUGCUUUUCCUAAAUUUGAGACUACUAUAUUUGAGACCUUCAGACCUGCUGUUCUGUAAUAAUAGUACACUUAAGUAGUUAAUUGUGAGGUUUUAUUGCUAUCAGUUUUAA